AUGCUAUAUUCAUUGUCUUUGCAUUUCAUGGAUCCUUUUUAUUAACUAUCAACAAGGAUGAUUGAUGUAGAUGAAGAUUUUCUAAAUAAUCAGGGGAUAUUCUAUGGAAUUUGGACUAAGUACAAUCCAUUAAGUAUAACAUAAUAAUUAGGACCAGUUAGAUUAAUGGAUAGCAAUUGUUUUCAUUAUCAAAAUAUAAUGGGAUAAAAUUCGGAAAGAGUAUUUUUAAUAUAUUAUGAUUGUCUUUAUCCUGAAACAAAGACUAUUCAAAGAUUUCUUACUUACAUUAGUGUUAAUGGUGAACAAUUUAUACAUUAGGUUGAAAUUGAGCCAUUAGAAUAUGAAAAUAUUUGGUAUUUUUUUCAACUGUUAUACUGGCCUUCUCUGAAUAAACUUGAAAUAAUUAUGGUUAAGGAAAAUCAAUAUUUAUUACAUUAAAAAUUAGAUGUUAAUUUAAUUAAUGAAAAAAAUUUGCUGAUAACUAUUGGAGGUGGACUUACUGUAACAAAUUCAAAUAUAGAUUCAAUUUAAGUUGGAUCAAAAUUUUCAUAUUUUCCAGGAAGUAUGUAUUUUGUAACUUUUGGUGAUAUUGUUGCUUAUUUGUCUCCUUUUGAAAUUGAUAUAAACAAUUUUUAUAUCUUUUUUGAUUAAGUUUCUGAAGUUAUUUGUUUUGAAAACAAAUAUAAAAAAUUAUUAGAUAAAGAUUUAGUUUGGUUGGAUAUAUAAACUUAUACUUCUGAAAAUAUUAAUACAGAUUCAUUUAUUUUAGAUUGUUGGUUUAGAGUUGUAUAAAUAAAUUAAAUAUAAGAUGAUUUUAUUUAUCAAUUUAUGUAGAUUUUGCCAAAUUUUGAGAUGGAAUAAUUGUCCAAUUAAAAUUUAUCACCAUUUUAAUUUUUCUAUAAGAUAUCUCCUAAUAAUAAUAAAAUAAUGAUUACAACUUAUAGUUACAAUUUUCCAUCUGUUACUUUAGAUUUUAGUAAUAAGGAUAAUAAUUUUUUAAUUCCUUAUGAAUUUGAAUUAUUUCAUUCAAUAAAUCUAUGGCAUAAUUUGUUUGUUAAUUUAAUAUCUGAUUAAAUGUAAAUAAAAAUAGUUUUUUUUAAUGAAUAUGAAAAAUUUGAACACUCUACUACUAUAAUUGUCAAAUAAUUUCGAAAUGUUUAAUACAAAUUACAAUAUGGAAAUCUAUAGGAAUCUACUUAAAAUUAUCUCAAUGUUUAAACUAGAAAUAUGAUAUUUUAUAAUUGUCAAUAAGAAUUAUAAUAAUAAAAUUGUCAUUAUACAUGUUAAGAUUGUGAUGGUCCAACUUAAACAGACUGUUUAUCAUGUUCUUAAUAAUCAAAAAGAAUAUAUUUAUUAAAUCAUAAAGCAUGUGUUUGUCCAUAUAAUUAUUAAGAUGAUUAUAUUAAUUAAAAUUGUAGAUCAUAUACUGAUUUAUUAUUCGAUAUUAAUCCUAUAUAAAAAUAAAUUGGAUGCAAUUUUGGUUAUUUUUAAUUCGAUAAUUAGUGUUAUUAUUGGUAUAUAUUUAUUAUAUAUAAGUCCUACAUCAAUUACUGAUUAAUAGAUAACUUGUUUAGAAUGCCUUCAAAAUUCAAAAGAUUGGAAUUAAAAUCCAUAUUGUUAAAAAUCAGUAUAUAUAAAUCCCAAUGGAAACACAGCAAGAAUUAUAUCUGAUAAUGAAUAAUAAUAUUAUGUUUUCAAUGGUUUAGAAUUAUAAAUUUGUAGAUUUUGUAAUAGAUAAUCUUUGUCAAAUAUUGAAAAUAUAUUUGAAGACUUUUAAUCAUUGAUAUAUGGAUUUAAAUCCUUUGCUUAAAUUAGUAAGAAAUAAAAUUAAUUAAAGUUUGAUAAAAAUUAUCAUUAUGAAUGCAAUAUUGAUUAUUGUGGUGUUUGUUCUAUUAAUUUAUUUUAAUUAGUAUGUAUUAAAUGUUAUAUGGCUAUGGAAAUAAGAAAUGGAAUUUGUAUAUAAGAUACCUUAAAUGGAGUACCUUGCCUUAAUCCAUAUUAUAUAUCCUCAAAUGGAGAAUGUAAAUUAUGCAGUAUUAAAAAUUGCAAAUAUUGUUUUGAAUAUGUAAAAAAUGAUUUAAGUUAAUGUACAUUAUAUGCAAACUUUAAAAAAUUUGAUGCAGAUGAAUAAUUAGAUAUUGGAUGUGCACUUUGUGAAUAAAAUUAUAUUUUUGAUUUUACUAUUGGUUAAUGUUUAUACAAAAAGCCAUCAUUACCUAAUUGUUUAAGAUCAUUUAUCAAUAUUUAGAAUUAGGAGAUUUGUACAUUAUCAUUGACUGAUUUUAAUAUAGCACCAGAAAUAAUUAAUUGUGAAUCCAUAAUCUAAAAUUGUUUAUAAUGUAUUUUCACUCCUUAAUCUGUGAUCAAAUGUAUUAUUUGUAAAAGUGGAUUCACAAGUUCAAUAAAAUUAGGAAAUUGUUAUCCAAAUUCACAUGUUAAUGCAAAAAUAGUUAUUGAUGGAGAUCAAUAAAUCUAUGAUGCUUGGGUUUAAAGAGUUUAAAGUUUUAUGAUGAAGUUUUUACCAAACUAAUAUUUUUACUAAAGAUCAUAUAUUUACUAUAAUAUUUUUGAAUUUCAAGUAGAAUGUAAAGAUAGUUAUUCAUUUGAUAUGUAAAGAUUUUGUGUAAAAUAUUGUUCUUCUGAUUGUUUGAAUUGUCAACUUAAAUAUGAUGAAUAUAAUUGUUUAACUUGCCCUUUAAACAAUUACUACUAGUCUAAUCGUAAUUAAGAAUCUGGAUAAUGUGUUAUAUGUACACAAUUAUGUGAUGUUUGUAUAGAACGCUCUGAGUUAGAGAUUUAUGUAAUUUAUUUAAAUAUCAUUUAGAAAAUACAAACAAUGUUUAAGAUAAGUGAGAAAAACAAAAUAUAUUCAAAGAUAUGUAUCAAACCAAUCAAAAAUUAAAAUGUACUUAUCGAUCCUAUAUUUUAAAUUGCCAGAUAUUGUUAUGAUCCAAGCUGCAAUUCAGAAUAUAAAUUUAAUUUUUAUUAUGAAGAAAACCCAUCAUUAUUGUAUACUAAUAUAGACUCUUUUGUUAAUAUAGAUUAUUGUAAUUAAAUAGGAACUAAAUUCUUAACUUUAUAAAUAUUUGAGAAAGAAAUAUAUUCUAACAUAGAAAAGAAUUUAAACUUAACUAGUUUAUUAAAAUCUGAAAUAUUUGGUUUAGAAGUAUUAAAGCUUGUUAAUAAUAUAAAAAUUAAUGAUUAUUUGUCAGUUUAUGUAUUUGGUUUUGAUGUUGUAGAAUUAAAUGAUGCAAAUUUUAUAUUUAUGAAUUAAAAAUAUUUUAAAGUUACAAAUCAAAAUAAGCAAUUUAAUUUGGUAUUAAAUAAUGUUGUAAUUAAACAUAGCGAUAUAUAAAAUAUUAAAUCAUUGAUUGAUUCAGAAUCAUUUGGAGAUAUUCAAUUAAAUAGCAUUUAAAUAAUACAUUCAAUUUUCAAUAAUUCUUCAUUAUUGAAUUUUUAAUAUCAAUAAUAAUCAGGAAAAAUAAGAAUUUAAAAUUUAAUUUUGUAAUUUUGCAACUUUACAAAUUCAUAGUUAUUUUCAUUUUCAAACAAUUAAAUUUAAUUAUCGAUUAAAUAAUUAAUUAUAGAUUAAUGUUAAUUUGUAAACUCAUCAUUUAUAAAUUUUUUUACUAAUUUAGCUGAAGAUAGUAAUUUAGAAAUAGAAGGAAUAAUUGUUACAUCUAACAAAUUUGAUUAAUCUUAUCUUUUAAAUAGUACUAAUUAAUUACAAAUCCAAAUACAUAAUUUAGUACUAGAUUUAAAUUAAAUAGAGUUAUCUACUAUAAUAGGUUUUUAUUCUAAUUUUACAAUAAUUCAAACAUCAAUUAAUAAUAAUAGUUUUUUAGACUCUUAAUUUAUUGCAUCUUAUUAAAUUAUAACAAUGAGAAGAAUGCAUUGUAUUAUUGAAAAUUUAAAUGCAAAUGAUAAUAUUUUUUUAAAUUCAAAUCUGAUUUUAAUAUCAUCUAGUUUAUCAAAUUAUAAUAUGUAUUUUUAUUUAAGAUAAAUUUAACUUAAAUUCAAUAAAAGAUAAGUUAAUGAUCAAUAAUUAGUUAAUUUAAUUAAAAUUAAUUGUUACCAUUUAAAAAUUGAGAAUAUUUAUAUAAUUAAUUCACAAAAUUUACGAAUAUUCUAUCUCAUUGAAAUAACUCAUCUAUUUGCAUAAAAUAUUGUUUUUGAAAAUCAAAUGAUAAAUUAUAAAGUACCUUUAAAUCUUUAUUGUACAGAUUAUAUUACUUCUGAAAAUAAGCUCUUCUUAAUUUAUGGAUACAAAAUAGUGAAUAUUUAGAAUAUUAAAGUAAUAAAAUAAUUUAGUGUUGAUCAAUCCUUAAUAGAAAUAUCAUCUAGUAGAAAUAUAUCUAAUAAUUAAUAAAAUAUAUUAGAGUUAAUAGAUUUAGAAUUUGAUGGAAAUUUAUUAUUAUAAUAAAGUUAAUCAAAUUUAUUCUCACUUAUUACAAUAAAUUCUGAAUAGAAUACUCAUAUUUAAUUUUAAAAUAUUAUUUUCAAAAAAAAUGUCUUGCAUUCACAAACAGAUGAUUCAUUAGAAUCUUCAACAAGUUUAAUUUAUGUAAUAUCAAUUACAGGAAUUAUAGAAAUAAAUAAUCUUUACUGUUAAAAUAAUGCACUAACUAAUUCUUCAAAUUCAUAUAUAUUUUUGAAAUCUGAGAUCAUUAAAAUAAAUAAUUACUCUGUUUCUUAACAUAAUAUUUUACCUUUAAAAUUAUGGAAAUAAUUUUAUGAUUUAUAAUUAGAAGAGAAUGAUUAUAUUUAUGAUUAGGAAGAUAUAAAUUUAAUUAUUUAAUAAUCUUUUAAUAUAAAAAACAAAUGUGGAGGUGGAUUAAUUACUGCAUCUGAAUUUUAUUGUUUUGAUUGUUUAUUUCAAGACAUAAUUGGAGAAAGAAGUUCUGUUUUUGAAAUAAAAACAUAAGGUGAUGGAAUUAUUAAAUUGAUAAAUUUAACAAUAUAAUUUUUGGAUUAUGAUUUGAGUAAGACCAUUUCAAGUUCAGGUUGCAUAACAAUUUAUUCAUCAAAUAGUUUACUAAAUUUAACAAUUAAAUAGGCUAUAUUUUUAAGUAUUUUCAAUCGUAUGGCAUCUUCAAUCUUUACAAUUUAUCCAUCAUUUUUAAAUAAUAAUAUUCAUAUUUAAGAUGUUAAAAUUACUAAUUGUAUUUCAUUAAAGAAUCCAAUAAUCAAUUUAUAAUUUUCAUUAUAAAGUAUCAAUUUUAACAAAGUGAUUAUGGAAAAUAUUUUGAUUUCAUUUCAAAAAGAAAAUUGGAUCAAAUAUUUUGAAAAAACUGGAAUGCUUAGUUAAUUUGAGAUGAUUGAUAUUACAAGGACAUCUAAUGCUUUAAUCUACUUAGAGAAUUGUUAAGUUAUUAUAAGAAACAUUAUUAUUUAGGGUCUUUUUAGUUGUCCACUAAUUAAAUUAAUUAAUAUUUCAAGACUAUUUAUUUCUUAAUUAUUUGUUGAAAUUGAAUAAUUUUAUUCCUUCAAUCUUUUAGAAUUAAUUCAAGAUCUUAAAAUAGAGUAAACUAUUUAUUUUUAAUAUGUGCAUUUUUAACACAUUAAAACUUAUGAAAAUAUCAAUAAUACAAUAUUUCACCAUCCAAAAAUUAAUUAUAUAGUUUAAGGAUGUAUUUAGAUUGAAGAUAAACUUUAAAAACCUAUAAUUUAUUCUUUUGAUUCUAUCAUAAAAUUAAUGUAAUAAACAUAAUAAGAAAUUUCUAUUAUGUUAUUAAUAUCUAAUUCAAAUAAUACUCAAUUCUCCUUCUAGAAUGUGAUAAUCAAAUAAAAUAAUUGUACUUAUUGUUAAAAAGGGUUGAUUUAUUUGAAAAUUGAGAAUUCUAAUAAACUAUAAAUCAGAAAUCUAUUUUGUAAUAAUAAUUAUAUCUAAUAAUUUGGAUGUUUAAAUAUUAUGUCAACCAAUUACAUCAAUCAGAAUAUUAUAAUAUAGGAUUCUAAUUUCUUUUAUAAUAAUGGAAGUUCUGGUGUUGGUAUAUCUUCAUUAAACUUAUCUAUAAGAAUUAUUUAGUGUAAAAUUUUGAACAAUAUAGCUAGUAAUUAAGGAGGUGGUUUAUAUUUAGAGGUGAAGUAGAGAAACUUUUAUAUUAAAGAAUCUAUAAUAAUAAAUAACUAAGCAUUUGAAGGAGGGGGCAUAUAUUUAUAUGAAGAUAGUAUCAUAAAUAAUUAGAAUUUUAUAAAAUCAUUUUUAUAUUUUAAUAAAGCUGAAAGAUUUGCAGAUAAUUUAGUAGAAAUUCCAACUCACUUAACUUUGUUUAUUAAUUCUUAUUAAAUGCAAUCAGAAGAUAUUAACAUUAAUAACAUUACUAUAAGAAGUUUGAAACUUAAACCAUAUAAAAUAAUUGAAUAAGGAAUUAUGAAACAGAGUAAAUAUUUGAUGAUUCCAAGUAAUUAAAUUGUUAACAGUUAUUAAAUUUUGAUUCCAUAAUUACAUAUACAAAAGAAUAUAUUCGAUCAUAUAUCAAUUGCACUAAAAAAUAGCAGAAAUGAAUUAUAAUUGAAUGUAUAGGCUUAUACUUGUCAAGUAUCAUAAACAACAGUAAAAGAAAAUCAGAUUUAAAAUUCAAAAUUAAAUGCUAAUCUUAAGUCUGAUAUUCAUAAUUAUAAUUUUGAUAUAGGAUCUCUUUCAUUCCAUUAAAAUCCUUAUGAAAAUGAGUUUAAUCAUUUAUAAAUUUUAGUUAAUUGUUCAUAAUCUAAUACCUAAAAGGAAUUAUUAUAUUUAAUCAAAGCUAGAAGUUAUAAAUGUUAAUUAGGAGAAUUCUAUGUAGAUGAAGGUUGCUAAAUUUGUUAAUCUAUUAAUGGAUUUUAUUCAGUAACUUACAAUGCAACAAAGUGUUCUAUUUUUGAUAAAAAUAAAUUUGCAAAUAUAACUUCUAAUGAAAUUUAACUAUUAGAAGGAUAUUGGAGACCUCAUUCUUACUCUGAUUAUAUUGAUGCUUGUUACAACAAUAUGAAAAAUUGUCAAGGUGGAUGGAAAAUUGGAAAUGAUCUUUGCAGUAUAGGAUACCUAGGUGGAUUAUGCGAGGAAUGUGAUAGUAAUGAUAUUAUGGGGAAUGGAAAUUUUUUUAAGAAUAAAUAGGAUUCCCAAUGUUAUGAUUGCAGAUAUGCCACUAAUCAUAUUUUAGCAAUUGUUUUCACUUCAUUUUGGUAUGAAUUUAAAAAUAUUCAAGGGCUAUUAUAUCUAUAGUAAUAACAUUAAAAAGUAUAGAAAAAUCAAAGUAACUUUUUAAUUCUCUUUGGAUGAAAUAAAGAUUUAACAAAACUUUAUUUAAAUUGAAUUAAGGUACAUUUAUACUAUUAAUAUUUUAGAUUUAGAAGGUAUUUUUAUCAAAAUGUUAUUAAAUUAUUUAUGGAUAUUUUCAGUGAUAUUUACUUUUAAUAUCAAAUUUUCAUUUUCUUUUUCCUUUAUUGAUUAAACCAGUAAUACAUCAAAUUUUUUGGCUUUCAGUAUUGAUUGCAUUUUAUAAAUUUUUUCUCAGAUUGAACUCAUCUAUGUUAGGAUAAUGGCUAAUUUAUUUUUAAUUUUUAUUUAAUUUGUAAUCAUUUUGAUUGGUUAUUCAGUUUAUACAAUCAUUUUUGGAACAAUCUUAGAUGUAAGUAUUAUAUCAAAUACAUUAUUAUAUCUGUAUGUGUCAAAUUACUCAGGCUUAAUUAAAUAGUAUUAUAUUAUUUAUCAUAAGAUUUUGUUCAAUUAUAUCCUAAAGGGUAAUAUCCAACAUUCCUUAUAUUUAAGGUGA